AUGAAGCUGAUAGUAUGGAAUACUAGAGGAUUUAAUGAUCCUCGAAAACAAAAAAGUGUAGUAGAUAGAAUAAAUAGAAUAAAGGCAGAUAUUGUGUGUUUAUUAGAAACUAGAAUAAAGCAUCAUAAAAUGCAGCCUGUGCUGGAAAAGCAUUUUCGUGAUUGGGGUAUUCUUCACAAUUAUGCAGCAUCUCCAAACAGAAGGAUAUGGUUAUUAUGGAGAGAUCAUGUGCACGUAGGCCCACUAGAGUUUUCUGAGCAAAGUAUUACUUGUGUGUUACAAUAUGAAAUCAGGAAAGUUUAUUUUUCUGCCAUUUAUGGGAGUAACGACGGUAUUCAAAGAAGGAACCUGUGGUUGAACUUAACUCACAUCAGUGGUAUAGUGCAAGACAACCCUUGGAUUCUGACUGGGGAUUUCAACAUUAUAGUCCAUCCCUCUGAAAGCUCGGAUUAUAAUGGAGAUCAAUCAGCAAACUCAGAGAUGAAGGAUUUUCAGAAUUGCUUAACUUAA